AGAAAACCAGCAGCGUUCAUCCUGAAGGUAUUAAAAUUGUAAACAUUAGCAACCCGGGGGACUUCUGCGUCGCUGGGAUGGAAAAUUAAGGUUGACCUGAAGGUGUUGGAACAAACAUUGAUCUUCAGUGCAUGGACGCAAAGCCAAUGCGCAGGGCCACCAGCGCACGCCAAGACGCCACUGGAAUGGACAUCACCAGCCGCUGCACUCUGGGGGACCCCAACAAGCUUCCUGAAGGGGUCCCCCAGCCUGCACGCAUGCCCUACGUCUCGGACAAACACCCCCGGCAGACCCUGGAGGUGAUCAACCUGCUGAGAAAACACCGUGAGCUCUGUGACGUGGUGCUGGUGGUCGGCGCCAAGAAGAUUUACGCCCAUCGCGUGAUCCUCUCUGCGUGCAGCCCGUACUUCAGAGCGAUGUUCACCGGAGAGCUGGCAGAGAGCCGGCAGACUGAAGUGGUUAUCCGUGACAUCGAUGAGAGAGCCAUGGAGCUGCUCAUCGACUUUGCCUACACCUCACAGGUGACUGUAGAGGAGGGAAACGUCCAGACUCUGCUCCCUGCCGCCUGCCUCCUGCAGCUGGCUGAGAUCCAGGAGGCCUGCUGCGAGUUCCUCAAGAGACAGCUGGAUCCAUCCAACUGUCUGGGCAUCAGGGCCUUCGCAGACACGCACUCCUGCCGUGAGCUGCUCCGCAUUGCAGACAAGUUCACCCAGCACAAUUUUCAAGAGGUCAUGGAAAGUGAAGAGUUUAUGCUGCUGCCUGCCAACCAGUUGAUUGACAUCAUUUCCAGCGACGAGCUCAACGUGCGGAGCGAGGAGCAGGUUUUCAACGCCGUGAUGGCAUGGGUCAAAUACAGCAUCCAGGAACGGCGACCGCAGCUGCCCCAGGUCCUGCAGCAUGUCCGCCUGCCGCUACUCAGCCCGAAGUUCCUGGUGGGCACCGUCGGGUCGGAUCCGCUCAUUAAGAGUGACGAGGAGUGCAGAGACCUGGUGGAUGAAGCAAAGAAUUACCUGCUGCUGCCACAGGAGAGGCCGUUGAUGCAGGGACCCAGAACUCGGCCAAGGAAACCCAUCCGCUGUGGAGAAGUUCUGUUCGCCGUUGGUGGUUGGUGCAGCGGGGACGCCAUUUCAAGCGUGGAGCGUUACGAUCCUCAAACCAACGAGUGGCGGAUGGUUGCCUCGAUGAGUAAGCGGCGGUGUGGAGUCGGCGUCAGUGUUCUGGAUGACCUGCUGUACGCUGUGGGAGGUCACGACGGCUCGUCCUACCUCAACUCUGUGGAGAGAUACGAUCCUAAGACCAAUCAGUGGAGCAGCGAUGUGGCCCCCACAAGCACGUGUCGCACCAGCGUGGGAGUGGCUGUCCUCGGAGGUUAUCUGUACGCUGUCGGCGGACAAGACGGGGUUUCCUGUCUCAAUAUUGUAGAAAGAUAUGACCCUAAGGAGAACAAAUGGACCCGUGUGGCCUCCAUGAGCACCAGGAGACUGGGCGUGGCUGUGGCUGUGCUGGGGGGUUUCCUGUACGCCGUAGGAGGGUCUGAUGGGACGUCACCAUUAAACACAGUGGAACGCUACAACCCUCAAGAGAACCGCUGGCACACGGUGUCUCCCAUGGGAACCAGGAGGAAGCACCUCGGCUGUGCAGUCUACCAGGACAUGAUUUACUCUGUGGGAGGGAGAGACGACACCACAGAGCUCAGCAGCGCAGAGCGAUACAACCCCAGGACCAACCAGUGGUCUCCUGUCGUGGCCAUGACGUCCAGACGGAGUGGGGUGGGCCUGGCUGUGGUGAAUGGUCAGCUGAUGGCAGUGGGAGGAUUUGAUGGAACAACGUAUCUCAAAACUAUAGAAGUGUACGACCCUGACGCCAACACAUGGAGGUUGUACGGAGGAAUGAACUAUCGCCGACUAGGUGGAGGAGUGGGCGUUAUUAAAAUGACUCACUGUGAAUCCCACAUAUGGUAACACUAACUCCCCACCACACACACACACACACACACACACACACACACACACACACACACACACACACACAGGUCAUACUUCUCGUCACACUGCGAUGGAUGCCUCACCAACUCUUGUGCCUCCAAAAAAGAGACACUGGGAUUCAUUCUGGGGAUGAGAGAGCAUGUUGGUGGGGGGGGAUGAGACAUUAAGUGGAACAAACGUUGAACUCUAGUUCAUCCCCAACUCCCCCCCAUCAGGUCAUUAACUUUCACCCUGGUCGUCUACAAUGAUCGACCACAGUCGCCGUGAAGUCCACUGAGAGCAGGCUUCCAUCGAGUUCCAAUUGGACCGGACUCUCCUCCUUCUGUUACAUCUCCCAGGUUCAUCUGUCAAGCCCUUUGCUCUGGAACAUUUGAUUUGACGCGUGUGAUUGCUGCGCUGCUGAAGGAGGAUCCUCUCGUGUUUGAGGUUCAAAGGCGUCAGAUAAUUAGAAGAAGGUGAUUCUCACUCUUUCAAGCAGUUCUAUCACCUUCACUCUUACUUAAAAUGGUUAGUGAUCUCCCACCUUCAAUGAGUUAAAAAACAGGCUGCAGAGUCAAGUCAUGUCUACAUCUACAUCACAUCCUGUGAGACUGUCGGAGGUAAACCCAGGCUCCCAUUUCUUUAGGCUUCUGAACACAUCCGAGCGGCUGCAGUUUUGUCUUUGGGCCUCAUGUUGUAGCAUUAACCAGUAGAGCUGUGUGUCUCUUUGGUCACAAUAGAGCCAAAUAUACAGUAAUUUAUUUCACAAGUAAAGGGAGGUCCCAACUAGGACCUGUAGAAGGAAAUAAUUUUAUUUGAGCACGCUGCUGCUGCUCAGCUUUUCAGAAGGCGCCACCUGUUGGUUAGAUUUGAGUUAUGAUGCAGAGAAGUCGACCCCUCAGUGUUAAAUUAAAUGUCCUCCAGUGCUGCUUCCUGACAUGUUCAUUGUUAGUAGACACCUUUUUUGGGUUUGCACAUCAUGGGAAUUGUUGACAAUAAGAAACAUCUAGAAUACCAUCUUACCCUUUGCAGGAUUUGAAGAACUUUAAAGAACAACAUAGUGUGUUUGUAGUCGAAGUCAAACAGUCACAUGAGUAAGAAUAAGCACUGAACACUGGAGCCAGGGAUCGACUGAGGACACAAACAAACUCAGCCUCAUCUUUUCAGAACAAAGUGCAUUCGUUUAAGUAGAGCUAGCCGGCUAAGUCCAGAGGCUAGCUGGCCAAAUGCUUUAGCCCUCAAUGCAACUGAUGCAUUCAGUGUCACGUAGGAAAUGUGAUUAACCUUUGUAAAUAUUUUCUAGCAGAACUGAAGCGAUGUUUCAUAUUGAAGAAGCGGAUCACCUUCAGUUUGGAAAUGUUCAUAGUAAGGACGUCCUUCUAGCCAGUUGGUGUUUGGAUAUCCAACGCUGUGUGGAGCGCUAUAACACCUGAAGAUUAUUAUUUUUUUUUUUAAUAAAGUUUAACAACAUCCGUGUUCAAAUAAACAUAACUGGAUUUCUGUUACAUGCUCCACACUUCCUCUUUCAAAGUCCUUCACAAAGUAAAUCACAUGCCACAGUAUUUAGAAACUACAAAUAAAUAUCCCUCAGUUUAGAAACUACAAAUAAAUAUCCCACAGUUUAGAAACUACAAAUAAAAAUCCCUCAGUGGUCCAAAUGAAUCCAAACUCAUAACUGUGUACGUUAACAAAAAACGCCUCGUACUAGUCAGUGAUUGGUGUGUAUCAUUCUUGUUCUCACACUCUGGAGCUUUUCAGACACAGGUCCUCUUCUGUCUACUGAGUCAUCAUCAUAUGCAGCACAGUGUAACGGCACCCCCUGCUGGAGGACAGGCAGAGUGCAGCACUGAUACGGCCAAUAAAAAGAGCCUCUCUCAGCAGAUUUCAAAGAGGAGUGGAAACAGUCUGAGUAGAGGAUGAAAUGAAUGAAUCUUCUCAGAAUUGAUUGCACUGUGAUUGGAAAGGUAUUUACGAUUUUAGUUUUUUUUUUCCCUUCAUAAUUCUUUUUGUUUUGGGUUUUUGAACUUUCCAGGUAAACGAAAGCAUGUAAAUCUUCAGAGGUCAAUGUGGACGUUUUGACAUUUAACUGAGAAUGAGGAAGUCAUUUCAUGGACGCAUCACAACAAUGACUUGACCUGCUUUGUGUCACACACACAGUUCAUCACGGUUGUGCACUUUAUAUAUUGUGUGUGGAGUGAAUGCAAAGACGGGGACAGCAAGGUGAUAACAAGGCUGCGUUAUUUAAACACAGCUGAGCGGGCAUGAUGGUCCUAACUGGGAUAUCGGUUCUGUCUGAUUGUGCAGUUAUGCAAAAUGUGUUGAAAAUGAAGAACAUGUCUUGGAACGUUUCAUUUCAUGCAAAUUUCUUUACAGAAAUUUCCUCAAACAAAUGUUUUGCUUAACACAAACCGAUGCAGUGCGGCCAACUGUGUUUGCUAUACUUCUAGAAAACUCUGCCAAGGAUAUGUCGCUAUGUUUCCACUGCCACAGAAACCCCACUCAGUUCAGGAGUCCGUACGUGUUAUUGCUCUGGUUUCAGACGAUCCCUGAUACUGUGAAAUGUUUUCUCCUUUUUUUUCCAUGAAUCAUAUGAUCCAAUGUGUUUUUUGUUUUUUUUUAUCUUAAAAAGUUGGGCACUUUAGACUUGCAGCUAAAAGCUCAAAAAUAAAAAAUAUAAAUUUGGAAAUAUAUGGUUUGCAUUGGACGGUGAAAGAAACAUUCACAUGAAGACGUUUGAGGGAGAAAAACACAAAGGUGUUUGAAUGAAACUCAAAUCGUCUCAAUCUGGGGUUUAGAAGUAUAACACACAAACAGCUCUGACUUUAUGAGAAUUGAUUUGUAACUGUGACACUAACUUUAGGUUCUUGCACUGGAUCAGUAAUACUGUAUUUGGCUCCCCAAACUGAGUGGUGUUUCUUUUUUUAAUGACGUACAGUAAGCUACUUCUGAUGCAUUGUGAUGAACAGAAAAGUCAGUUUGUUGCCGUCUCUUCAAACUUCUUGUUUGGAGCGGCCUCUGUGCAGUCUGUCCAACACGGCUGUGAUCUCUCUGCUGUUUGUUUUCAUGUUUCAAACCGCAUCUCUCAGCAGCCGCUACAGAUCACCAUGUUCACCAUGACAACCAUUAAAGUUUUUCCCUGCAAAAGAAACCCCAAA